AUGGUUUUUCGUGGAUUUUUACACACCACUAUUUUUAAAAUUGCAAAAGUGAUGACGAAAAAAAAGAUAGCAUAUGGAGAAGAAGGUGUUGAAGAUCUAAUGAAACAAACAUCGGACACAUGCAACGAAUGCAAAAAACCUAAAGAAGGCAAGAAAUGGUGUUCGACAUGUCUUUUCCCUAAUAAUUGGACUAGUGGGAAUCGGGAAAUAGACACAUUUAUUCGCGAGUCUCAAACGCUUUCUACCACAUUACAUCAUUGUUUAUUAUGGAUUCCCUUUGAUCAAUUCUCUGACAUUAAAGAGGUAGCACGUGGAGGUUUUAAUACAGUAUGUUCUGCUACGUGGGACGGAAAUAGAAUCGAUCUUUUAUAUACGAUCGAAAAUUCUCCAGUAUGGGUUCACAGGAAUUGUACCACAAAGGUCGCACUCAAACAUCUCAAAAAUUCUCAAAAUAUUGAUUCAUCUGUGUUGAAUAAGCUUCUCAAUUAUAGAACAUAUGAUGAUUUUUCCAUUCCUAAAUGUUACGGAUUAUCUCAACAUCCUUCAACAAAGGAAUAUAUUCUUGUUUUUAAUUACUAUGAACAAGGAGAUCUACGAGCUCUGUUAGCUGACAGGUACACGGAUAUGAAGUUACGCGAUAAAUUGCUAAUUCUUUCCGAUAUAAUUUCAGAAUUGAACUCAAUCCAUAAAAGAAAGUUGGUUCACAAGAACUUUCAUCCAGGGAAUAUAUUAAUUGCUAAAUCUUCUUGGAUCGAUGGAUCUUUAAAUAUUAAUGGCUUAGCAAUAUCAGAUCUUGGAUUAAAUACACCGGUGAACGAACCACCGUAUUCUAAAGAAAUAUAUGGUGUGAUACCAUUUGUUGCUCCUGAAAUUUUUCAGGCACUUCCUUAUACUGCAGCGGCAGAUAUUUAUAGUGAUCUUUGGGCUUAUUAUUCGGAACAUCUUGGUGCUCUUAAACCUACCAACAAUGAGAUCACAAAGAGAUCAAGAAACUCUCAUUAUGAAAUUCUCACAAAUACACACCCUGACGCGGUUUAUUAUAGUCGUCCUAUAAGUAAAUUUACUAGUCAGGGUAGUAUUUAUUCUCCGUUAAAAG